AGAAUAAUUUAGUUUUUAUAAUUUUAAUGUUUACAAUAAAUUUAUUCAUUAAUAGAAAGAUUAAAUUAUUAUAUAUAUAAUGUAAAAUUUGAGGAUUAAAUAAUUAAUUUUUUGAAAUUUAAGAAUUAAAGUAUAAAAUAGUGUAAAAUUUAGGGAUUGAAUGAUUAAUUUUUCAAAUUAAUGGACUAAAGUGUAAUAGAAGAUAAGAUACGGGGAGCAAAUUAUAAAUUUCCCUUUUAUGUAAGUCGAAUUUACGACGACACUCCGUAUUGGGCAAAAUGAGCGAUGAAAACGACGUUUCCGCAAAACAGAGGCACAGCCUUAGAGAAGCAGAAAAUAAUGCCAAUCAUCCUCAUCACCAAAACAAAAGGAAUAGUGAUAAUAGUUCCAGUUCUCGGUCGCCUCUAUUAUGUUGUUCUUUCUUCUUUCUUCUCCAUGGCAUUGUGAUUGUCCUGCUGCUGCUUCUACCUUAGAAAGCUGAGGAGAGAAUAUUGCCGACGAAAGAGGAUAUCGUAUGGGUUAAGGAUCAGAUCCGUGUGAAUGGAUUGCAUAUGCAAGAGAACGUUCUCCGUAAGGGCAUUAAUCCUAGCACUAGGGCUCAGCAACUCGAAGAUUUGAUUCACCAGAAAAUGAAGGAGAGUGCCGGCAAGAAGGGCACAAAGGAAGGGAUUUCUUGCAAAGAAGAUAUGACUAAUGGGUGCCCUAAUAAGACAUUCAUACCCUAAUAAGACAUUCACUCUACGGUUAGUGCAAGGAAAGCCAGCAGCCGGCUAAUUGCUUUGCUUUCUCUCUCUCUCUCUCUUUCAUGCUCUUUUCAUCACACAAAGGCCGGCAUUCUCAUUCUCUACAGUAUGGCAAUGCUAAUGCUGACAUUGUUGCUCAACUCUCAGCAUUAGCUAGGUAAUCUCCUCAUUUUCUUUAAUUUCUGUUUUAUAUUUGGAUGUAGGGCUAUAUAAUUUUUUGAUGCUUGGUGAGAGUGUGCGUGUGAUGAAGAUUAGGGCUAUUCGUUAAUAGCAAGACAAAGGAAGGAAUACUUAGUGAGGGGUGGGGCAGUUGUAAGUAGGUUCUUGAGCAGUAGAGGAUGCUCAAGUGGACAAAUAUUAGCCCUUGGAUUGAAGAUGGCGUAGGAUUCUCAAGUUGAGUACACGUGCUGCUCUCACUUUUUUCUCUUUCUCUCUCUCUCUCUCUCUCUGUCUCUCUCUUUCCUUUUACCUUUUUUUAUCUUUGCUUUCAUGCAUAGAUUUCUCCUCCUAAGUAUAGUGAACUUAUAGUUGUGGAGAGAGAAAGAAGGAGUCACUUGCUCUGUCUCUCUCUCUCUCUGUCUUAGUAUUUCUUCUUUGGCUUCGUUCAUUGCUAUCAUUAACAACAAAGGCAAUGUUGGAGAGACUAUAGAGAUUGGGAAUUUAGAUCCUAAGAUUGCAACUUUCAGGAUAGAUUCUGGCAAACUGAAAGGAGUUCUACUUGAAAGUGGAAGUCCUGAGGAAUUUCAACUCCUUCCGAAACUUGCGAGGAGCCAGCCUAGUGUUGAUAAAUCCAAGCUUCAGAAAGCAUCUUCAGUUGAGGAGGUGCUAGAAAUAGCUCAGGAAUCCCUACAAGCUGCAACAAAAUUGAAGAGCAAACCGUUCAGAAAUUUAUAGAAUUCUGUGAAAUCUAAGAUAUGGGUACUUGUCCAAUCAGCUCAGAAAGAUGAUCCAACACAAUUUAUUCUCCGGAUUUGAACUUUCACCUUGUUUUUUCUGAUCUGGGUACUCGUCUUAUUGUCUUUUUCACUGGGGUCCUCUGUUUCAUUACCAUUUGGGCCCGCAGUUUAAGUGUAAUUUGUCCGAUCUUGUUUUCUUCUUUCUUCAAUUUCUGUGAUUCAAAUCCAUGGAAGAAGACCAAGAAUUGAGACAUGUGUGCAAGUUCUGCAGCAAGAGCUUCUCAUGUGGUAGAUCCUUGGGUGGUCACAUGAGAUCUCACAUGAUUAAUGACAUUUCAGCUCAAGCUGAUGGUACUAAGCUCACCAAGAAAAAGCUCCCAUCUCUCCCCAACGAUAGUGGAGCUAAUAACAAUACCACUUGCACCGAAACUAUUGGUUAUGGCCUCAGAGAAAAUCCAAAGAAGACUUGGAGACUUGCAGAUCAUUCAAGUGAAGAUACUUCACUCCUUGACAAACCCUGCAAAGAGUGUGGCAAAGUAUUUCAAUCUUGGAAAGCUUUGUUCGGUCACCUGAAGUGUCACACACUAGAGAAAGAAAAAGUGUCAAACGAUAAUAGCCAGGAGGAGCAGCAAGAUUCUUGGACCAGUGCUAAUAACCAGAAGCUGCUCAUGGACAGCCAAUCUGACAACGAAACUGUUGCUCCUAAUCGAAGAAAGAGAUCAAAAAGGAGAAUAAGGUACAUGGGUGCUGAAAAUUCUUCUUCCCUGUCUUUUGCUAAUAAUACAUCCUCCUCUGUUUCUGAAAUUGAGCAAGAACAAGAAGAGGUUGCCAUGUGCUUGAUGAUGCUUUCUAGGGAUGUUGGUCGGUGGGGUGGCUUGAAUUCUGUUGCUGAGUCCUCUGAUAACAAUUCUGUGUUUCUUGAAACUAGUUUGGUUAAUUCUAAAACUGAAGGUAAGCCUUCUGUUUGCAUUGGUACUAAGACUGUGAAAGUGAAAACACUUGGUAAGAAGUUGGAGAAUGGCAAAUUUGAGGAUGAUGAGGAUUUCAAAGUUGAAAACAGAAAUUCAGAAUUCUUUGCUUCUGGGAAUUCAAGAAAAGGGUUUGGUAAGAGUGAUAAAGCCAAGAAGUCUGAGCUAGAUGAUGAGCGUGGACCUGAGAAUUCUAGAGUUAAAUUGGGCAAGAAUUUGACCAGGGAAACUAAUUUGGAUCAAGCUGGAAUGGUUCCUAAGUAUAGUUCAAGCAAGAGAAAGUUGAGCGACACUUUUGAUCCUGAAUUGAAGUCAGAUUACUUGAAGAAGAUAACAACCAAUGCUUCAGAUUCUGAAGUUUGCAAGAACUCUGAUAGAAACAGCAGAUUUGAGUGUACUACCUGCAAUAAGGUAUUCCACUCUUACCAAGCUCUAGGAGGCCAUAGAGCUAGCCGCAAAAAGACCAAAGGUUGCUUUGCAUCAAGAAUUGACAGCAUUGAAACUGAACUACCUCCUGAUCUAACAGCAGAUAGUAAGCUCAUCAAAUCCAUCAAAAAUGAGAUUUCUACUGAUCACUUGGCCAUAGAUUGUGACAACAAGGCUGAGACAAGUUAUGGGGCAAAGAAGAGUAAUGGACAUGAGUGCCCUAUUUGUCUUAAGGUGUUCCCAUCAGGACAAGCAUUGGGUGGUCACAAGAGGUCUCAUCUAGUGGGGGUUACUGAGACUAAAAAGAACCAGAUUAAUGCAAUCCAAGAACCAAUUCCACCCAUUAGAGACUUGCUUGAUCUUAAUCUUCCUGCUCCUGUUGAAGAAGAAGGCAACGGGCUUAUGGGGUUUAAUCCAUGGUGGAUUGGAAGCAGCCACAAGCAUGAAUCCCUUGUAGGUUUGAUCUCUAACUGAAUUCUCUAAUCCAGGCCAAGCAUGGUUUUCAAUAAAAAGGUUCAAGAGUGUAAAGAUUCAUUCAUUUUUUUUUAAGAUUUAGAAAUUAGCUAAUUGCUCUUAGUAGCUUUUUCCUUAGGCUUACUUCACAUUCCAAUCCCACAAAAAUCAAAUGUUAAACUCUUUUUUAUGACUUCAUUUCCUUUAUGUUUUCCUUUUUCAUGGUUUCAAACAAAUCCAGGCGCAUUAAUCUCUUGAGCCUGGAAACUACAAAACUGUAAUUGAUUGUCAUUUUACUGUA